AUGAUACACCUCGACCGCCGCAGAAGACUGCUUCUUAAAAAGAAGGUUCUUCUGAUUCAGAAGAAGAGGAAAGAAAAACGAAAGUGGUGGGUGCGGCCGUCAUGGAGAGACCGGCACACGGAAAGCGAAUAUUUUACGACGAUGCAAAGGAUGCGCAAUGGCGACAUUGAAUACUUCAAGAAGUAUUACCGUAUGACGCCGCAUCAGUUCGAUUUUGUGCUGAGCCUCUUGAAGGAAGACCUCCAGAGAAAGCACGUCGUCAGAGAGCCAAUACUCCCUGCUGAACGACUGGCCAUGACACUAACGUACCUAUCGUCUGGUGAUGUCAUGCAAGAUAUCGCCCUUUCGUUCAGAGUGGGGAUAUCAACGGCACGCAUGGCUGUCCGGGUCACAUGCCGGGCACUAUGGAGCAGACUGCAGCCGCUCUACAUGCCGAAACCCGAGACUGCCUCCUGGCUGAAGAUUGCGGAGGGCUUUGGGCAUACCUGGCAGUUUCCAAACUGCCUUGGAGCUGUUGACGGCAAGCAUGUGCACAUCAAGUGCCCUGCCAAAUCAGGAAGCAUGUACUUCAACUACAAGGGCACUUAUUCCAUUGUGCUUCUUGCUGUGGUUGACAGCAACUACAAGUUCGUUGUUGUUGACGUGGGUGCAAACGGCAAGCAGAGCGACUGGGGAUUGCUCGAGCAGUCCAUAUUCGGGCAGUUACUGGACAAAGGCAAGCUGCAGCUUCCCCGGGACCUUCCACUACCGAACACGGCCCUGCCAGCUCCUUGUGGCUUUAUCGGGGAUGAGGCCUUCCAGCUGAGAACUGAUUUUUUGAGGCCAUACCCAGGUCGAGGAUUGGAGGCCAGCAAAAGGGUAUUCAAUUACCGCCUCAGCAGAGCAAGGCAAGUUGAAAUGCUUACCACACUGCUUUGUAAGAACUGAAGGCUCAUUAUUUACCGCGAACCUUCUUUUUGUGCAUCAUGCAGAAGGUCUGUCGAGAA